GCUUUACGCAUGCGCAGUACGAAGGGAACGCUUUGACCACGUAGUUAGUGUAGCCUGCAGUAAAGCAUACGGAUUUGUGAAUAAAAAGCUGUAGUAAACUAAUUCCCGGCUGCCAAAUUAAAGCAACGGACCUUUACAAACAUGGCGAGGUACCUGAGACCGCCUAACACUUCUCUCUUCGUCAGAAACAUCGCCGAUGACUCCAGGCCAGAGGAUAUACGACGUGAGUUUGGUCGUUAUGGGCCUAUUGUAGAUGUCUACAUUCCACUUGACUUCUAUACACGCCGGGGAAGAGGAUUUGCUUACAUUCAAUUUGAAGAUGUCCGGGAUGCAGAGGACGCUCUUCACAACCUGGACCAUAAAUGGGUUUGUGGGCGUCAGAUCGAGAUCCAGUUCGCCCAGGGGGACAGAAAGACCCCUAACCAGAUGAAGACCAAGGAAGACCAUUCCCCUCGUAGCGACGAUGAUCGAGACAGACGUCGCAGGCGGUCCCGGAGCCGCAGCAAUGAGCGGCGCAGGUCCCGGAGCCCCUCACAUGAGCGCAGACCUCGGAGGUCUGAGAGCCCGAGAGAAUCUCGUUCCUACAGACGGAGCAGAAGCCGUGAAAAUGACAGGCACAGAGGUCCCCCUCGUGAGCACCACCGGACACACCAUGAAGCAGGCCCACGCAGCCACUCUGCGUCCCGCUCCCCUCCCCCCCCCAGACCUAUGGCCAAAGGUAAGAAGAGCCAGUCGAGGUCCCACAGCCCAGCGGAGGACUUCCACCCCACCUCCAGCUCCCACAAACAGCCUGUGGGCCGCUCUCCAUCCCGCUCCCUCUCUCGCUCCGUGUCCCGCUCCCGCUCUCGCUCCAGAUCCUGGGCCGGACGCAAGUCUGGAGGUCACUGACUGUCUAUCCCCCCAGAGCCCUGAUCAUCUGUGUCCGAGGACGUUCUGUUCUGCUAUGAUAACGAGAGUGUCCGUUUGUUUUUGUUUCAUCACAUUUCGGUCUGCUGCCAAAGGUGGGACGCAGAGUAUGAGGAGUUUGAGAUAUUUUUUUAGUGAAAAGCUUUUUGUUUUUAAAUCAUUUCAUGGAAACCCCAGCAGGUUUUUUUUUUUUUUUUUUACUUGUAAUGUGGGAUGCUAUAGGUUAAUAAAGAUGUUACAGUUUGGCGUUGCCAAUAAUAUUUUUGUACUUUGGGUUACCCAAUGUUUAUGUUCAUACAUGUGUUAAUAUGCCUGUCUCCAUGUGGCGUGUUAGAAUAAAUAAAGAUACAACUUCAGACCCAGCUUACCAGUAUUUUACCAAAUAUGUUGUUCCCGCUAUUAUACAGCAGGAAAGCUGUAUACUGUAGUAGCUGUAAUGAGUGUUGCAAUGGAUGCUACCUUAUGCUAUUACCUAGAACUUGGUUUGAACGAGAUGUACCGUCAGUUGAAUUUUUCAAGUGUUCCUUAUACGGCUAUCCUAGGUUUACUUGGUAUAAUUUGUCAAUAAACAAUGUCAAUGAAGAAUC